CACUCUGAUGACUGUUGCGGGUAGGUAUACGCGGUGCGUGCUGCUGACCGCACGACUUCAACUCCAAGACUUUUGUUUUUGCUGCUGCCAUGCAUCACAAGCCCGCAACGCGAGUGUCGGACGCCGCGUUUCUGCAUGCAUGGCUCAUCGUUAUGGCUCCUAGCGGCUCGAUCCGCUGGAGAGAUCUGAUCAGCCGAGAGGCGUCCGCUCCUCUCACGAGUCGAGCCUUUCGCAUGAGCUCGAUGAACGAAAAACAUCGAUCGCAACGUUCCGACUACUGUGUCAGAUUCCAUGGGCAUGAUGGGUGCGCACAGAAAGUAACAUUCGUGACCGUUGACCGUGCCUCUGAUCAGAGUAAAGGUAAAAAAUUGCUACGGCAAGCGUACCGGACCGUCGUCUUUCGGCACCGCCGCAAGGCCCAGCUCAACGACAAUGGCGAAUGCAGGGUGCGAGGCAGCCACACUCAGAUCCCGUGUUUGAUUUUCGACGUGUGCAUGUUUGUGUGGAAAAAGCCACAGUGGCGUUCACUCGGGCCGAGCACGCUUCGCGAUUCUGCUCUCUGAAUGGCCAUGCCCCCGCGGGUGAAAGCGGGAAUGGUCCCCGAUCGCGCAACUUUCAAAAGAGGGAGAUCAAAAUGAGACCCUUGCUACCUUGGAGCAC